GUGGGAGGAUCAGUGAAAUCAGGAUUCAGCUGGACUAGUUUGACUGCUCUUAGUAUUCACCAGGCACUAGAGAAACCAGCAGAAUGAGCAAAUUAGAUUCGGUUAUAAACGAAGACUAAGAAAACAGACCACCAAAGACCGACCACAAUAUGCCAACUGCUACAACACGGCCGGACAAAGACCAGAGUGUUUUCACCUGUAUCAGUGAUGAACACGGCAAUACAGAAAGACAAGAGAGCUCUGUGAGGCUUCCUCUUUCCAGAAAGCUGUGUUAUGCAGUAGGUGGUGUACCGUAUCAGAUGACCAACAUUGCUAUGGGUUUUUCUCUACAGAUCUUUCUCUUAGAUGUAGUGCAGAUGGAGGCAUUCUCAGUAUCUUUGAUUUUGUUCAUCAGUCAUGCCUGGGAUGCCGUGACUGAUCCCGCUGUGGGCUAUCUAGUGAGCAGGAGUAGCUGGACACAAAUCGGCAGGCUCCUUCCAUGGGCUGUGCUGUCAAUGCCACUGGCCAUUCUGGCUUACAUCUUCCUUUGGUUCGUUCCCCACAAUGCCGUGAGUACAGCGUUCAGCGUGCCCUGGUACCUAACCAUCAGCUGUCUUUUCGAGACCUUCAUGAGUUGCUACAGUGUUCCAUACACAUCCCUCAACAUGUUCCUCGGAGGAGAUCAGCAAGACAGAGACUCUGCCACAGCUUACAGGAUGAGUGUGGAGGCGUUUGCUAUGCUGAUGGCGGCCGUGAUUCAGGGUCAGGUGCUGUGGGUGUAUAACAAAGACAGAGAUCAAGCCUGUCUGAACGUGGACCAAACACCGGAUCUCCCACACAGCUCCGCGCUGCACCAAACUAGGAGCGCCUUUAUGAUAUCAGCGCUGGUCAUGAGCGCUCUCUUCUUUGUUUGCUGUAUGGUGCUGUUCCUGGGGGUCAAAGAACAAAGAGGGGCUCUCAGUGGUCAGAGUCACAUGCACACUACAUACCUGAACGCUGUGAAGAAGCUGAUUGGCCAUGUGUCGUACCGCCGUCUGGUCCUCGGCUUCCUCUUCUCCACUUUAGCUUCUCAGAUGUCUUUGGGGAACUUCACGCUGUUUUGCACUCACGUUGCUGGCUUAGGAGCUCAGUUCCAGUAUCUCAUGUUAGCUAUACUGGUGUCCGCUACCGUAUCAGUGCCAAUGUGGCAGAUGACGCUGGUGAGGCUGGGCAAGAAAACCGCACUUUUUAUAGGUCUACCUCUCCUCAUUCCAGCUCUAGUGCUCCUAGUUGCCAUCCCGAAGAAUUUUCCAGUGUACAUGGUUGUGUGUGUUUUGGCUGGAUCCAGUUUAGCGACACUGUUCUUGUUGCCAUGGUCAAUGCUACCAGAUGUAGUGGACGAGUUCACCGUCCAGAACCCGUCCUGCAAAGGCCUGGAGCCCCUGUUUUUUUCCUGCUCGAGGUUUUGCAAUAAGCUUGGAGGAGGCCUGUCCGCUGGCAUCUCCACUAUGACACUACACUUCACAGGAUAUAAAGCAGGCGCGUGUAGUCACGCGGACGGAGUUGUCUUGGCGCUGAAAUUGCUUUUGGGCCCCAUUCCAAUCGCUUUUUUGCUGGUGGGUUUAGUGUUUUUCUAUCUGUACCCAAUUAAUGAAGUACGACGGAAGCAGAUUCAACAAGACCUCGGAAACACAAGGUAAGAUACAUCAACUAAUGUCAGUAUCUUAUAUGAUUUACGAAUAUUAAAAAUGGCGUAUUGUGUAUUUUCAUUUUAUUUUGCCUUUUUUAGGUCUAACGGCGCCACGUUGGCCAGAUUGGAAGAGGAAAACGUUCCCAUAACUCAUAAAAUCUACGACUCCGGUCAGAGUUUCACCUUCAAAUCAAAGACUAGAAUAAUCUCUCAUCUCGGAGCAAAAAAACCUCCCUGUCAC